GUCAGCAAAAGUGAGCCUUCUCCCAGGCUCUCUCUUGUCGCCUCAUCACCGACUUUCCUUCUUUCGCUCCUGCUUGUCUGGCUGACCCUCAGUCCAAGUAAAAGCUCUGGUUGCUGCUGCCAACAAUUCUCUGUACCUGAAUCUUGUGCUCUUUGUCUGAUUUACCUGCUUUCAAGAACUUGCAAUCACCCCUUCUAUCAUAAUGAGCUCAGCCGCCGACUUUGAUCCUACCCAAUACUCACAAUAUGAUGAUGGCUAUGACAUGGAAGACGAGGAGGAGUAUGAAGAGAUCUCGCAGGAGGAUUGUUGGACCGUGAUUACUGCCUUCUUCGAUGCCAAAGGUCUUGUCCGACAGCAGUUGGACUCCUUCGAUGAAUUUGUUCAGAACACUAUGCAAGAGCUCGUCGAUGAGAACGCGGACCUCAUCCUGGACCAAGCCGAUCAACAUACGGGGCAUGAAUCAGAUGUAACCCGACGUUAUGAGAUUAAAUUUGGACAAAUCUACCUGUCGCGCCCAACCGUAACUGAAUCGGACGGCUCUGUGGUACCGGUCUUCCCUCAAGAGGCACGACUACGGAAUUUGACCUAUUCAGCUCCGUUGUACAUCGAGAUGAAGAAGAGGGUAAUGGUGGGCCGAGAGGAUCCGGACAGUCUCACAGGAGACAUGAUUUGGGAGCAGGAGCAUGAAGAGACACCGGAGGAUACCCGCAAAGUGUGGAUUGGCAAGGUUCCAAUCAUGCUCCGUUCGACAUUCUGCAUCCUACAUGAUCUCAAUGACGACGAGCUCUACGAUUUGAAUGAAUGUCCUUUUGAUUCUGGAGGAUACUUCAUCAUUAACGGCUCUGAAAAGGUGCUCAUUGCUCAAGAGCGUAUGGCGACCAAUCAUGUAUAUGUCUUCGCGAAAGCACAACCGUCACCAAUUAGUUUCCUUGCCGAGAUCCGUAGUGCCGUCGAAAAGGGUGGCAAGACCAUCAGCCAGUUCCAAGUGAAGCUCUAUCAUCGCAACCAGGAGCGAUCACUCGGAAACGUCAUGAAAGCUACCAUUCCUUAUAUCAAAGUCGACAUUCCGAUUUGGGUGGUCUUCCGUGCUUUGGGUGUCAUAUCCGAUCGUGAUAUCCUAGAGCACAUUUGCUAUGAUAUGCAGGAUAAUCAAAUGUUGGAGAUGCUUAAGCCGUGCAUAGACGACGGUUUCGUUAUCCAGGAUCGGGAGAUCGCUUUGGACUUCAUUGGCAACCGUGGUACGACUACUGGUCUGAACAGGGAAAGACGUCUUCGGUAUGCGCAGGAGAUUCUGCAAAAGGAGAUGUUACCACAUAUCUCUAUGGCCGAGGGUUCUGAAUCGAAAAAGGCCUAUUUCUUCGGUUACAUGAUUCAUCGUCUUCUCCUUGCCGCUUUGGAAAGGCGAGAGUUGGAUGAUCGUGAUCACUUUGGAAAGAAGCGUCUCGAUUUGGCCGGCCCACUAUUGGCGAAUCUUUUCCGCAUGUUGUUCCGCAAGUUGACAAAAGAUGUCUAUCGCUACCUGCAAAAGUGUGUUGAGUCACACAAGGAGUUCAAUUUGUCCUUGGCCGUCAAGCAUAAUACUAUCACCAAUGGUCUGAAGUACUCUCUGGCGACGGGUAACUGGGGUGACCAGAAGAAGUCCAUGGCGUCUAAGGCCGGAGUCUCACAAGUGCUUAACCGUUAUACCUACGCCUCCACGUUAUCCCAUUUGCGUCGGUGCAAUACUCCUCUCGGUCGUGAGGGCAAGAUCGCCAAACCCCGUCAGUUGCAUAACACUCAUUGGGGCAUGGUUUGUCCAGCAGAGACACCCGAAGGUCAAGCUUGUGGUCUCGUGAAGAACCUUUCUCUGAUGUCAUGUAUAUCCGUCGGUUCAUUCUCCGGACCUGUCAUCGAGUUCUUGGAGGAAUGGGGUUUGGAGUCGUUAGAAGAGAAUGCACACUCAGCCACCCCUUGCACCAAGGUGUUCGUGAAUGGAGUUUGGAUGGGUGUGCAUCGCGACCCGGCCAAUCUCGUCAAGACGAUCAAGAAGCUUCGACGAAAGGACGAUAUUAGUCCCGAGGUUUCUGUCGUGCGAGAUAUUCGCGAACGGGAGCUUCGUCUUUACACUGAUGCUGGGCGGGUCUGCCGACCGCUUUUCAUCGUCGAAGAUCAACAGUUAUUGCUUAAGAAGAAACAUAUUCGCUGGAUCGCAGACAAGAAGGAUGAUAUGGGCGUUCCAUUCUUCUGGGACGACAUAGUCAAGCGAGGCUUGGUCGAGCUGCUGGAUGCCGAAGAAGAAGAAACUGUCAUGAUCUGCAUGACUCCGGAUGACCUGGAAGCCUCGAGGUUGCAAUCGGCAGGCAUUGAUUCUCACGAGGAGGAAGUUGAAUUCGACCCUGCAAAGAGGCUGAAGGCGACGAAGAAUAUUCAUACUUGGACUCACUGUGAGAUCCAUCCUAGUAUGAUUCUCGGUGUCUGCGCUAGUAUCAUUCCUUUCCCCGAUCACAACCAGUCCCCGCGUAAUACAUACCAAUCUGCCAUGGGUAAACAAGCCAUGGGUAUUUACCUAACGAACUUCCUCGUCCGAAUGGAUACCAUGGCGAACAUUCUCUAUUACCCGCAGAAACCAUUAGCUACUACUCGCUCCAUGGAGUACCUCAAAUUCCGAGAACUGCCAGCUGGUCAAAACGCCAUCGUUGCUAUUCUCUGUUAUAGUGGCUACAACCAGGAAGAUUCCGUCAUCAUGAAUCAGAGUUCGAUUGACCGAGGUCUCUUCCGAAGUAUGUACUACAGGAGUUAUAUGGAUCUGGAGAAGAAAAGCGGUAUCCAGCAAUUGGAAGAGUUCGAGAAGCCCACGCGCGAUACUACUCUUCGCAUGAAACAUGGCACAUAUGACAAGCUAGAAGAUGAUGGCCUUAUUGCGCCUGGAACCAACGUAAGCGGUGAAGAUAUCAUCAUCGGCAAGACCGCUCCCAUUCCGCCGGACAGCGAAGAGCUCGGCCAGAGAACCAGGACACACACCCGUCGCGAUGUCUCUACACCACUGAAGAGCACGGAAAGCGGCAUCAUUGAUCAAGUGCUCAUCACAACGAACGCUGAAGGCCAGAAGUUCGUUAAGAUUCGUGUCCGGUCGACUCGUAUACCACAAAUUGGAGACAAGUUCGCUUCGCGUCACGGUCAGAAGGGUACUAUUGGUAUCACUUACCGCCAGGAAGACAUGCCAUUCACUGCGGAAGGUAUUACACCCGAUAUCGUCAUCAAUCCUCACGCCAUCCCAUCUCGUAUGACAAUCGGACACUUGGUCGAAUGUCUAUUGUCGAAACUUGCGACGUUGAUUGGAAACGAGGGUGACGCCACGCCAUUCACUGAGCUCACAGUAGAGUCAGUAUCGAAAUUCCUCAGACAGAAGGGAUACCAAUCUCGUGGUCUCGAAGUCAUGUACCACGGGCACACUGGUAGGAAGCUCCAGGCCCAGGUCUACCUUGGUCCCACCUACUACCAACGGCUAAAGCACAUGGUGGAUGACAAGAUCCACUCGCGUGCAAGAGGUCCUGUCCAGAUCCUGACGCGUCAGCCAGUAGAGGGUCGUAGUCGUGAUGGUGGUCUUCGUUUCGGAGAGAUGGAACGUGAUUGUAUGAUUUCGCAUGGUGUCGCAGCGUUCUUGAAAGAGCGUCUGUUUGAGGCUAGUGAUGCCUAUAGGUUGCAUGUUUGCGACAUGUGCGUAUAUUUCAUACAACUUCUUGAGAAGCAUGCUGACCUGUGUUUCUCAACAGCUGUGGCCUGACCGCAAUUGCGAACCUUAAAAAACAAACGUUCGAAUGCCGCUCCUGCAAGAACAAGACGGCAUGUUCACAAUUGUAUAUUCCUUAUGCCGCAAAGCUCCUUUUCCAGGUAAGUCCUACUUGUACCUCUGGUGCUGACACGCCAGAUUCUAAUGUUGUAACAGGAAUUGCAAAGUAUGAACAUCGCUGCACGAUUGUAUACCACUUCCACGGGUCGUAUACGGGACUAGGAUGUUUCCUUACGCUAUUGUUGCAUUGAUUAGUUUGAUGUUAUGCAUGUAUUGUAUUCUACAUAUUUCCACUGAAUAUAGUCCGCCACGCACAGUAAGAAUAGUAAGAAUGUAGACGGAACACAAGAUACAAUCAUCGAUCCCCGAUGAGCCCUUCUCGCUCAUGUUCAUCUCCC